CAACGGCCACACACGGUAGCCGUUGGCAGAGGGGGUGGAGCGCGGAGGGCCGAGCGUCGGCGGGUGGUUGCCCGUACUGGACCGUUGGGUCGCUUGCGAGAUGCGGAGUGGGACGUCGACGUGCGCAGGACGACAAACGGAGCCGCUUCAGGCAGCGCGCACCGCAACGGUCGAAUUUCAAAAGGAAGGCGGGCGUGUUCGUCGUCUUCUGUGGUGGUUGUCUGCAUAUGAAGGUCGAGCGCCCCUGUCGUGGGCAUGUCGGAACACACAUCUGCAGUGGUCACGUGCGAGGGCGGCUGCAGAGGUGAAUUUCAUGGCUGACGUGCGGAGGAGAUUGCCUCUGCUGGUACUCGCUGUCGUCGUCUUCCUGAUUUUCGUCUUCCUCUACGUGUGUUUUUCGUGGCGGCCGUCGAAACAACAACGCAAGAGAAGGGCUUCGACGAGACGGGCGGCAGGCGAACGUCUAAUGGCGGGCAUGCAGGCACGACCGGCUGCUGCCGCAGGUCAGGGAGGAGUUCGAUCUUCUGCGGCGGAGCCUCGAAGGAGGUACGUCCCAUCCAUGUACACCCAUCUGGAGUCGUGGGACACGCCAUUGCCCCCGUCAGACGAGGAGCCGGAGAAGGAAGAACUUUCGACGUUGCCUCUCGCUAGCGUCUCGACUCAGUUGUGGUCGCAGAUGGUGCGAGCAGGCGGGUCGGCUCCUGACGAAGGGGGCGAGUUCACGUCAUUGCUCCAUCAAGGCUUGCGGGACGACGACGACAGAGGAGUUGAUCUGAGGUUCGAGUUGUGUUCUGGCGGCGGCAGGGAGGCGAGUUGUACGUUCAUCAUCGACGGAGAUCGUUCGGCACGUGGCGUUGAGCAUGGUGGAAGUCUGCAUACGGAGCAGUCCACACUUCGUCGCGCUGCACCUAUGACUGGCGCGGCCGGGCCAUUGCCAGUGGGACGGCAACAUGGAUCGACUGCUCCGUCCGUCGAUCGAUUGACACCGACCUGGCCCGCACCCUCCGGGGUGGCAGCAGGGCCCCUGCGCAUGGGCGGUGCACGUUCGUUGAUGCCUGCGUGCACAACACCGGUCGAAUCCGGAGUGAGGGACGAGGGAACGUGCAGAGCGCCGGUACGUCCACGACCCAUUGUGGAGAACAUAACACAUGGAGUGUCGAACAUGCGGGCACACAGCGAUGGAGGCGAAGACGACGUUGGCUUCGGUGACGACGCAGACGAAGGGAUGAGGGAAGACGUGGAAGCGGGGGAUGACGACGACGAAGUUCCAAUUCGGCCUUUGGGGAAGACGACUGGGAGGGGGAAAGGACGCGGCAGAGGUGGUGUCCGUGGUCGAUCCGUUGGCCGUGGAGGCAGAGGUGGCGUAAGUGACGACGCCGGGAAGUCACCGACGUACUGGUUUGCAGAAGACCAAAUGCUCCUGGUGCGAUGCAAGCGGGAGCAAGAUAUGCACCUCGCCAACUUGUCUCACAAUUACGGGCGGAUGAAGACGAAAGAGUGGAAGUGGGAGGACAUGUCGAAGCGGAUGGCGAAUGCGGGGAGGCCGAAGGACGAUGACGACUGCAUGAAGAAGUGGGACAAUCUGUUCCAGAACUACAAGAAAAUUCAGAGGUUUCAGAAUGCCAGCGGGCGGCCAGAUUUUUUCAGGCUGACGAACGAAGAGAGGAAGGAGCACAACUUCAAGUUCCGGAUGGACAGGGCGCUGUACAACGAGAUCCACGCAAGCAUGGUGGGGAACCACACGAUUUUCCCUCCCAACGUUGCCGACACUGGCAGUCCGGAUGGGGUGCAGUUGCCCAGGCGAGGAGCGGGUGGCGGGGAGUCUGUUUGUAGUGAGGCGGCCGGUGAAGGCUGCCCUGACGAGCGUUCUUCUGCGAGGGAGUCCGACAGCAACGUAGGCAGCGGGGCGGGAGGCGGGAAGCGGAAGAACGCGCGUCAGCAGGCAUUCGAGUCCAUCUCUGAUGUCAUGGAACGCCAUGGCGCACUGAUGUCGUCGACGAUCGAAUCGUCUAGCAAGCGGCAAUGCAGAAUCUUCACGAGGCAAUGCGACAUAUUGGAGCAGGAAGUUGCCGUCCAAAAAGCGCACUAUGAGGCGUCCGAUGAGACGCAGAGGAUGAUGUGCCAAGCAUUGUUGGAGAUCGCUGCCGCCAUCCGUGGUCGGUCGGCCAUCCGAGUGCUACACCGAGAUCACUUGUGGGGGUCCCCAGCAAGCAUGUCUGCGCGAUUGAACGCCUGCGGGAAGAAGCGCGACGUCGCGCUUGACGAAACCCAAGCCCAGGGGAAAGGUCGUCGGCACGUCCCGAAGGCGAAGAGGCCACGUUUGGAUGAUGCGUCAGCACGCGUGCCGCAUCGUGGUGCGCGAGGUUGGUCGCAGCCGGCGGAAGAGGACAACGACGAUGAUUUCAUGACGGAGGACGAUCAAUGCGAGGCGACGACGUCUGCAGGACGGGAGAGUGCCAGGCAGCGUACUCCGGAUCAAAGCACUUCGAAGAGGAUGUCAACCCCUCCGCCGGAGGCGCAGCAGCUGCGUGUCCGCGAAACGUGGAAAGAGAAGGGUGUUGUAGUGGACCUUGGCAGCGAAGACGACGAGCCUUUGGAGAGACGUCGCUUGCGCAGUGCGACACAAGCGACCACAACGGCGGUGUCGACGGCUCGCGCUGCGGACGACGAAAGGCCGAUCACAGGUGCACUGCCCUGCACGUCGUCUCAGCCGCGUCAGCGCAAUGACGGUGGUGACGGUGCGUCUUGCCAACGAGGUGGUGGUGGGGGAGUCGUGGCAGACGCGCGUGCAGCAGGAGGGGAGGCAGCAGGUGGCGCAGGUGUGGCUGUUGCAGGUGUUGUCCCUCCCGUUCCGUCGGCAAGAGAGGAGGCUGCAGUUCCGGUGACAGUGAGAGAGGAGGGUCGUGGACAGAACACGAACCAACGCGAUGGCGGCGAGGCCGUUUCAAGCCGGGCACGCAGGGGAGUAAUGACGAAUGAACUUAUCGACCGUGCGCUUCUUUGGGUGGAUGACAAAUGUUUCUGGACGACGGGUGAAGGACGCAGACUUUACAACAUCGUCCACGAAACCAAAGAGUACUUCGUCGCCAUCGCCAGCGGGCUUCCGCCACCUCAACUUCCGCGGAGCGUUGUCGUCCCCAAAUCCAGCACGAGGGUGGCGAGGAUCGCAGACCAAUCACAGCUCCAGCAGGUGAUCUCCCGUGCGGUGGCGGUGGAGAAUAUAGCUCUGCGCAUCUUGCACGACAUUGCGCGUGCAAUGUGGUACGGCGAGGAGUGGCGCAACGUCGUCGGCGCGCCGAUCUGCGCCCACACGAUAGAUCUUAACAUGGACCUUCCACUGUGGUACGCCGAUGUGAAUAUCGAGGACAGACCUGAGGACGACGACAUGGCUGCGUACCAGGAGUCCACCGUCAUCAGCAUCGCGCAUUCGUUCUGCUCGGCGGUGCAAAUGGGUGCUCACAUCGACGACGAUUUCAUCUCCUACGAGCGUCUAUGUCGGGUGGCUGAUUGCUUCAGGCUGUUGCUGGCGGCGUCCAUGUGGAUUAUGCGCAUGGCGGGAGACGAUCCGCGCAGUCACUACGAAGCGUUUUACUUCGCGGAUCUCGUUGCCAGGCCGACACUAAUCGCCUCCAUGCAUCGGUCCUUCGAUCAUCGACGAUCCGUCGUCCGCGCCGUGAACGUUGUCACGGAGAGGCUUGGGAAGGCGAAAGUCACGCUCGGAGUGUACCACGACUACAUCCCUGAUUGGGCACCAUGUGGCAUCGGAUUUGCGCACGACGCGACCAUCAAGGGGCCGGAGGAUGCGAAGAGGCUGGAUUGGUUGGGUUCGGGCCCCGCCGAUGAUGACAUCAAAGGCGAAGGAAAAGACGACGCAUAAGGCACGCUGGUAUGCGGGGGGAGAGCGGGGAGACAGCGCUUCUAAGAACAAAGGCGCGUGUACGCG